GCUCUUGUUUAUGUUUUGUUUACGUACUUCCAUAAUUGACCGUUCAAAUAAUUCGCGUUCCUGUGAUUUCUAUUUAAUUUUAUAACUUCAAGUGAAGUGAAGCUCAAUUUGAAUCUUGUGCGGUUGGUGAUAACAAUGGUUUUCAGGAGUUCCGUUAUGAACUUCGCCGCAUCUUGCUACUGUGUACAGGUGCAAACAUCCAGAUUGCACCUACUUUAUUGUUAGUCCCGUUAUCCUCAUUACCACCGGCGGCGCCGGUAUAUUCUGUGAGUGUAGUGACUCAUUAGUAUCAUUUCAUUAAUUCAUUCCCGCUACGUUGACAUCCCUCAACAACAGCAUCCAGCUGUCUCUCGUCCACCAUGGCUAAAUCAGAAGAAAAUUUUGAUCUACUCUAUGUCGAACAUGAAGAAGAUUUUGAUCAGAACCACUCUUCAAGUGAAUCGAGCAGUUCCUCGAGCAGCAGUUCUUCUAGUGACGAAGAAGAGGACAGAUAUGAAGAUUAUGAAGGUGCUCAUUACAGCAACUAUGAAGAAGAUACGGAUCAUGGAACAGUGCAGGAAUUCAUUAUUGAGGAAGUUUCUGACUCAGUAGGCGAAGUUUACGAAGAAGCUCUUCAAGCAGUCGUGGAAGAUGUGGCAGAUUUAGAAAUUCAGAGCCCAGGGAAUCCAAGCCAUGUUUCCUAUGAUUAUGUCAUAAAAGAGCUGAAAAAUAAGAAAAGUGGAAGCAGCAGCUCCAGUAGUAGCAGCAGUAGCAGCAGUGGUGGUAGUCAUGGAAAGGUCAAAGCUAAAAAUGUAGGUGCUCAUUACAUUCCAACUCCCAUACCAGUCCCAAUUCAUUCUGGGCAGCAUUACACAGAACCUCAGCAGUAUGCAGAACCCCCACAUUAUGCCGAACCUCAACAAUUUGGCAGUUACUAUGAAGGCUAUGUUCCGUAUCCCCUUAGUGGGACACCCACCGUCCGUCCAGCUGUGCCUUUUGAUCCCCGAGCAGAUGCUGAAGUUUUAAGAAAAGCAAUGAAAGGAAUUGGCACUGAUGAAAAGGCCAUCAUCAGAGUUUUAACCAAUAGGACCAAUGCACAACGACAAGAAAUAGCCGUUCAUUUCAAAUCAUUGUAUGGCAAAGAUUUGUUAGCUGAUCUGAAAAGCGAGACAAGUGGAAAAUUUGAGGACAUACUGAAAGCUCUCAUGACUCCUCUCCCUGAAUUUCUGGCCAAAGAACUGCAUUAUGCCAUGGAAGGAAUUGGCACAAAUGAGGAGACCAUAAUUGAAAUAGUUUGCACUGCAAGCAACGCUGAAAUCUACGCCAUCAAGCAAGCAUACGAGAAAAAAUAUGGCAAACCUCUGGAAAGUGACCUAAGAGGAGAAACAUCAGGAUCCUUCCGCAGAUUACUCACAUCUCUGUGCCAGGGGAACAGGAAUGAAAACAUGAUGAUUGACAACCAAGCUGCUUUUCAUGAUGCGCAAAGUCUGCUACGUGCUGGUGAAUUACAACUGGGCACUGAUGAAUCAACAUUCAACGCUAUCCUUUGUUCCCGUAGCUAUCCUCAGCUCCAUCAGAUAUUCGCUGAAUAUCAUCGUCUGACCGGCCAUGAUAUCGAUAAAGCCAUCAAAAACGAGUUCAGUGGAGAUAUCGAAAAUGGUCUCCUAGCCAUUGUGAAGAGUGUCCGAGAUAAGUAUGGGUUCUUUGCAGAGAGAUUGCAUGACUGCAUGGCCGGAGCUGGCACUCGUGAUAGAGCCCUCAUUCGCAUUGUUGUCUUCCGAAGUGAGAUUGACUUGUAUGACAUAAAGAACGCGUUCCAGAGUCGCUACAAUAAAACCCUUGAAGCAGCCAUUGAGUCUGAAACUUCUGGAGAUUAUAAAAGAUGUCUUCUGUCAUUGGUUUCACCUUAACUAGCUCUGCCUCUGCAUACCACCCUGGCAAGUGUUCACUAUUUUUAAAAUAGUAAUCCUUGUCUUCUACCAAAAGGUCCUUUUUAAAAUUCAGGAAAAUUGACUCAACCACUAAACUCAUUUUUUGUCUUCAAAUUUAUCUUAGAAAGCUGUGCUUAAAAUGGCUUCACCAUCAUUUUCUUGAGAACUAUUGUUGUUAUAUUUAGUUACUAUUUAAAAAAAAAAAAAAAAAAAAAAAAAAAACUGAAAAAAAAAUAUUUUAAAAGUGAAAAAAAGUGUCUUUAAAUGUUAUCUGUUGUGUUGUCAUUUUAAAUUAUUAUAUUAUCAAUCUGAUAACUUAUUUUUCCAUCCAUUUUUUUUAUUAUUGUUAAAUUUAUAUUUUAAUACUUUUAAACGAAAAUAAAUAAUGUUGUAAGAACUGAUUGUAGUGCAGAUUUUCAUUUUCUUUUUUUUUUUCUCAGGAAGUUUAUUUCUGGUCGGGCAUGUCAAUUUUUAGAACUUUGCAGAAACACGCUGUACUGCUUGUUAUUUUUAAAGAUUAAAGUAUACCUAUUUUAUAAGUGGAUCCAUUAAUAAAUAAAAUACCUGAUCGGUAGGCAUUUAUAAUUAAAGUUGUUAUUGGUAAUAGACGUAUUUAAAGCUGAAGUUCCUCAAAUUUUCUGCAUUUCAUGUUCUGAAUGUCACAUGAAAAGGUGAUUCUUCUUUGAAAUAUCACAUCAUGCAAAAACUCUGCCAGUGCUUAAUCAUCUUAACAGUGUUUUCUUCCAUUCAACAACUCAAUCUUCAGGAAUUAAUUUAUCAAGAAGAAAUCUAUGAUUAAAUUUAGCCAGACUUUGAGAGAGCCCUAAUAUGGUCCUCAGAGUUAUCCACACAACGCAGUAACAAAAUCAUUCAAUCCCAUCAAUUUUAAUUCUUUCACAUGUAUUAAAAAUGUAUUCUGUAAAUGCCAUAUAAUGCUCAUCUGAAAAUACAAUUAAUAAAAAUUUUGUCGCUACAAUAUUUACAUUAAUUAUCACUGCAAGAAAAGUAACUUGGUCCUUCUAUUGUUAUGGCAGUGAUUUUUUUUAAAAAAUUAUUAUAUAUUAAAAUCAUUUUUUAAAAUUGAGUGUCCAUCAUGGAGGUCAUGGAAAGUUUUUGUGAGAUCGUCUGUUGUAAAAGGUAUGACUCAUAAUCAAUAAAUUCUCAUUUUGACAUGAAGAAUCUCUCCCUAAAUUGUUUGACACCUCUCUGGGGGUGCCUUUCAUAUUCGACCUUUGAUGUUCAAAUCUUCUGUCAAGACGCGCAAAAAAACAUCAGUAUAAAAUAAUUUUCGAUCCAAAACUCAGAAUAUAUUUUUUGUCUCAGUAUUUCGCCUCUCCUACAUGUAGUUUUUUGUCUCAAGACUCUAAAUUUACAACUGUCUUAUUCUGUGAUACCCAAAUGAGAACUAAAUUUACAUAGCUUUCACAUUUUAUUUUUGAGAUUGCGUUAAUUUUUUAAGAAGUGAAGCACAACAUAAUCCCUGUCAAGGAAUGUAGUAGAUCGAAAUCGACCAACUUAGUUCUGGCUGGUUCCUGUUGCCUAUUCUCAAGUUGUUUUCAUUGAAGCUGAUUUAUUCAAAGGUAUUUUAUUUGUAUGAUCAGCUGAAUUAUUAUGGUCUUUUGAAUAUAUAUUUAUUAGAAAGAUAUAUACAAAUUUCCUCUUAUUUUUUUACGGUAUCUUAUUUUUUGGUCACUGACAGUUUAUUUAUAAGUGUUAGCACCCACGGCUCAGGGAGACUUCAAUAAUUUAUCUCAUACUAUUUUCUUGAAAUUGUAAUGUUGUAAACCUGUGUCAAAUCUGAAUUAAAUGUUGAUACUCUCCCAA